AGGGUUUAUACGGAACGCGCAUCUGCUUCGAACAAGCAAAGUUGAGAGAUUAUCUUUGGGGUGAAUUGGAAGGGGGAAAUAAUGUCGAAGAAGAACAAUUUAGCCAAGAGAAAGAAGCAACACGAGUACAAUCUUCAAAAAGAGAAAGAAAUACAGGAUAAGAAGAUCAAGAAGCUUCAAACGAACAAGAACAAGAUGAAAGUUGAUGGUAGUGGGAAGAAGAAGAAAGGUGGAUUUUUUGUUGGCAAGAAGAAAUUGAAGACAAAGCUCACUCCAGCCGCUAAAGCUAAAGCGGCUCAGGCAAUGGAGCUAGACAAAUGAUAAGGAGCCUCAUUUAUUUUCACUUGUAUGUAAACUCUGUUCUUCAUUGAUCUUUGUCAUUUACUUUGAGGGAAUCGGUUUGAAGUAGCUAUCUUCCAAUUUUCCACCAAAUGUGGUUAUCUACGGUUUGAAGUAGCUAUCUUCCAAUUUUCCACCAAAUGUGGUUAUCUCGCACCAUGAUUGCUUCUUCGUCUUUGUAGGUUACAACUUUUAUGUAUCACUCUCUGGCUUUUGAGGUCAAGAUUUGUGCUUUCAUUA